AUGAUGACGUGCCGUCUGCUGUGCGCCCUGUUGGUGCUUGCCCUGUGCUGCUGCCCGUCCUUAUGCGCGGCUGAUUCACCGGAGAAGCCUUCCGUUUCCGAAGUUCAAGUUGAUGGUAAAGGCACCGGUCAAUUGCCCCAUACACCUGGAGAAACACCAACCACGAUCGUCGGUUCGGCAGUUCCGGGGCCGGUUGAACGGGGAAGCGAAGCCGGAAAUGGUGGAGUCGCGACCGAUACACAACUGCAACCAAAUGCUGCUCCCAAUAAUUUACAAGGAGAAGGUACGGAUGAUAAUAAAAAGAAAGAAAUUGGCACGAGUUCGUCCGCAGAACAAGGAAAUAAGAGUGAAGAAGAUUCCGCCCAGAAGACCACGACGACCACGACUACACAGGCACCAACCACGACCACAACGACCACCACAACGACGACCACGACUACAGAGGCGCCAACCACGACGAGCACCCGCGCACCGUCACGUCUCCGCGAAAUCGACGGCAGCCUCAGCAGCUCUGCGUGGGUGUGUGCCCCGCUGCUGCUUGCCGUAUCCGCGCUGGCGUACACCACUCUGGGCUGA